GCAGAGAUGCAUUUACUUGUAGAAUGCAGGAAAUUGCAUUUUAGGACAUCCAGUUUUUAACAUUUUACGGGGGAGCAUACUCCCGAAUCCCCUAGAAACUUUUAUUUGCUUUGCGUCCUCGACCUCAGUCAGCCCUCCCAAUGUCUACUUGCUUCCGCCGUGCCUGAAAUGUCCGUUAUAUCGAAUAUGAGCCAUGAAAGUUCCACUUUCUUCAAUUAAUACUUGGUAGGAGGGAUCGGAGCAUUCAUAUUUAUGGGUCAUAGUUUGAUCCAUAUAUUGCAUACAUACAUUACCAUAUACAUUAACAUUGUCGGCUAUGGGAUAUGUUUUGGUAUAGUACAACCUGCAAAUGUCGCAACAUCACAACUGUGGGAAUAUGUUCUACUUUCGUUUUCAGAAAUGCUCUGUCCCGCUCAGUCUAUCAGCGUUACUAUUGCUUCUUCAGAACUGUUACUGUAAUCUGUGCAAUCAAACAUCAAAGACUAUUGUUGGUGCUGUCCACAUUCCAUUGUUUCAAACAUUCCACGAUGAUAGAGAUAGUGAGCUUCGGAGUACUGCUCGCAGCCGCAUCCUAUUACAUACUCCGCGGUCCAGAUCUGUGCGAUACGUAUAGGAAAUUCGACAUUUAUCAGCUCAAGGGAAAAAUCCACUCUCAUGUCUACGGCCAGCAUAUUGCGUCUGACAUGGUCCCGCGUGAACUCAGCCGAUAUUUUGAAACGUACCACUUAUAUUAUCAGCCUCUUUUCCUAGCUUUCCACGGCGGAUUUGGUGUUGGAAAAAACUACAUGGCUGAAAUGAUUUUAGAUUUUUUUCCACAAAAGACAAAAAUCCUCUUUACAGCCGAAUUAGAUUUCCCGCACGAGCAUCUUGCUGGAAAAUACGCCAAAGAUGUGGAGCGGCGAAUCGCGUCGACAGUUUCCGAGUGUCACGUGAACGUCAUAAUUUUUGACGAAGUCGACCGAAUAUCCGACGUGGUUAUGGCAGGAGUCCAUUCUGCUCUAAAACGACUCCAGGAAAAGAAGAAAAUGCCAGUAAUUAUCUUACUAUUAAGCAACGGUAAUUCGCAGGAUAUAAAUAAUGUGGUGUUUACCAAUAAACUGCAGAGAGAAAGUUUAAAUCUUCAUAAUUUUGAAUUCAUACAAAAUGGCGAAAGGUGGUACUCUUCAGAGAAGUGGAUGAACACGAAAGUCGUGUUUGUGCCAUUUCUUCCACUAGAUAAAGGGCAUGUGACUCAAUGCAUAUGGGAUGAUUUGCGAUUAAAACGCAUAAAAUCUUCACCAAAAAUAAUAGAGGACGUUAUUGAAGAAUUAACAUUUCAUUCACAAAAUGGAUUUAGUUAUUCCGCGACUGGGUGCAAACGCGUUUCCGAGAAAGUGGAUUUGGUAACAUUGUAAGAUGAAUUUAACUUUGUAGCACUAUUAAUAAUUUAGGGUCCUUUAAACAUAUAGGCUCAGUUGUCAAAUCAUAGAUACGCUAUCCAUCUAAUAUUUUUUAAUGUUAUUAUUUCAGCAUAAAUGCAAAAUAAACUGCAUUUAACUGCG